AUGGACACGCAAAUCGCCGUAGAUGAGAGUUCUGAUCUCAGGGAGCAGUUGAUUAAACAUGUCGACUCAAAUAAAAACAAGAAGCGCUCUGCUCGAGGCAGUCAGAUACGUACACAGUUCGAACAACACGGCGCCAUCUCAACGGUCGGAACUGCGGAGGCCAAACCCACCAUUGUCUUGGAGCCCUACAAGCCCAGCAUGGCUCCGCUCCAGACGCUCACUAAAAUCAACCUGCUGGAUCUUCAUCUGGAAACUCAUCACUACGGCAACAUUCUCUUCCUCCGUACAUUCGGCCGCUCGACCAAUGUCUCCGAGAUCCAGACAUUCAUGCCAGUCGAGGAUGAGACGGGCGACGUGGACAGAAUCUCUAUCCUCAAUUUUAGUCUUGCGUCCUGGCCCGAACAGCCGCUACCACCUGGCACCGUCAUCGCCAUCAAGGAGCCAUUUUACAGUUCUGUCUCGGAGGACUUCGGCACGGCAUUGCUGUUACGAAGCGGCAAAAGCGGAUGCGAUUGCUUCUUUGUCGGAGGUGGUGAACUCGAGCAACNNCAUCCGAGUCAUAGAAAGGCUCUGUUUCGUGCUGCUCGUGCUACGUAUGAGCUCCAUGAUUAUAAAAAGUCUCAAGACAUGUAUCAGCGACUACUCAACACCUUUGCACCUGACCCCGAACUUCUGAGACAGCUUGGGCGCACCAAGUCGCGCAUCCAGGAGGCUGAGAAGGGCGUCUUCAAUUUUGCCGCCAUGCUCAAAAAGAUCUCAGGCACAGCAGACUAUCGCUCCGAUCGAGCCAGUUACCUCCGACACACGAGUGUUCGUGAGGCCGGUAACAGCUUCAAAGGUCUGUUCGCUACAAAGGACUUUGUUGCUGGAGAGAUCGUCUUGUGUGAGAAGGCCUUUGUCGCCUCGAAUACCCCUCGGAACUCGUCUGCAUUGAGGGUGAUCGUCAACCCUGAUCUCGACUUUCAUGGCAGCCAUGCUGUUAUCUGGAUUGACGCUGUACGCAAGUCAUUCCACAACCCUUCUUCGAGUCGGAGCAUUACCGACCUGUACGACGGUACACCUGGACCCACUGAAUCGGCCACCGAUCCCAGCCCUCUGACCAUCGAUGGCAUGCCCGUGAUCGAUGUGUUCCGUCUUCAGGGAGUUAUCGAGCACAACAGCUUUGGCUUCGAGGUUGACAAAGACAGAGCUCAUGUUGACGCGUAG